GUACAUGUCUAUGUGUUUGAUACAGGUAUCAAUGUGAACCAUACAGAAUUUAGCGGACGAGCCACUAUGGAUGCAAAUUUUAUUGAAGGAGAAGAUUCUAUUGAUCUUGCUGGUCACGGAACUCAUGUGGCAGGAAUUGUUGGUGGGGAUACAUUUGGUGUAGCCAGAAACGUCAAACUCCAUGGAAUCAAGAUUCUUGAUCGAUAUGGAGACGGAACAACUAUUGCCCUGUUAAAAGCUAUUGAGCAUGUAGUGGAAAUAGCUGAACCAGGAAAAAGUAUAAUAAACCUCUCGCUCAGUGGUCCUCGUUCAGCCAUGAUUGAUGACGCACUCACAUCGGCGGUUCUAGACCACAAUAUCCCGAUAUUUGUCUCGGCAGGGAAUUCUGGGGACGACGCCUGCCAAUACUCUCCUUCUGCCAAUGAGUAUGUAUUUCCUGUAGGUGCUUCGUCCGAGAAAGAUUCUUUGCCAUUCUUUUCUUCGUAUGGACCAUGUGUAAAGAUGUAUGCACCAGGUACAAACAUCAUUAGUAGCUGGUUGGGACAGGAUAUCAAGAUACAGGAUGGUACAAGUAUGGCAAGUCCACACGUAGCCGGAAUUGCUGCCCUUUUGAUGUCAAGGAAAUAUUAUGGUACCGUACAAGAGCUGUAUGAUACCUUGACAGAAGUAGCUACCAGAGACAUUCUUAGUAUGUCUCCAUACCAGGCUGGAUCAAGCCAAAAUUUACUUGCCUAUGCACCAAUUUAA